AUGAGAAUCCUCUUCCUGGCCCCUCUGAGAGCUCACACUGGGAACUCCACCACAGCCCUCCGGAUCAAGAGUCACCUUGAAGCUGCAGGACAUGAAUGUGACCUCCGAGACGCUGCUGGUUUGGAGUGCCCAUUAGAAGUGGCAAAACUUAUUUCCCAGAAGAAGUUUGAUGCUGGGCUGAUCAUCCAUUUGUACAAAGCUGGAAAAUUAUUGCUUGGAAAUGGAAUCCCUUUUGGGGCAGUAUUUGGUGGGACAGACAUCAAUGAAGAUGUGAAAAAUGAAGAGAAAUACAGGGUUAUGGGAGCUGUCCUUGAAGAUGCCAGAUUCGCUGUAGCAUUUACUAACGAAAUGAAAGAAAUUGCAGCAAAACAUUGGCCACAAGCAAUCUAUAAAAUACACAUCCAACCUCAAGGAAUUAUGACAAUGCCGAAUUUAUUUUUUAAUUGUGAAGCCUUUCUUCAAAAUGCAGGAAUUCAACAGAUUUCAGAAAAUGUGCAUAUUUUCCUCUUGAUAUGUGGCCUCCGCAGAGUUAAAGACCCCCUUUAUCUGGUGGAUACAUUUGCAGAGUGGCAUAAAAGGGAACCAACUGUUCACUUGGCUGUUAUUGGACCAAUGGUCGACCCACUGUUUACUAAUGAAGUCAAAGCAAAGCUCAGCAACCUUGAUGGAGUUCAUCUAAUUGAAGAAAUUCCACAAGCAGAUCUCCAGGCUGUAAUAAAGAAAAGUUUUGCGGUGGUAAACAGUUCAGUGUCUGAAGGGAUGUCAGCAGCGAUUCUUGAG